AUGACUAAGUUCAUGAGGCCUACUCUAGAGAUUGAAGGCCUUGUGGCUGAAAGCGGACUAAGUCCUUUGAUCGCAUGUUCCCUAGAUACGGGCGAUCGAGGACUAAUGUUUGCUUUUGUGGAAUGCUGGUAUAAGGAAACUAGUAGUUUUCAUUUGUCUGUUAGAGAGGUGACUAUCACCUUGGAUGACAUGGCGUCAUUGCUACAUUUGCCUAUGAUAGAGGUGUUCCACAACUUCGAGCAACUUCAUGUCGAUGACACUAUCGAUAUGUUGGUGGAAUUACUUGAGGUCAGUGCCAUAGAGGCAAGAGCUAAGAUGAUUCAAUAUCAUGGCUCUUAUGUUCGACUAUCGUGGCUGCGAUACGUGUAUCAGAUGAAAAUCAAGAGUGGGACUUACGCUUGGGGCGCUGCUACACUUGUGCAUAUGUAUGAUAAUUUAAAUGUGGCGUCAAAGAGCACAGUGAGACAACUUGCAGGAUAUAUGACUUUGUUACAAUGUUGGAUCUACGAUCAUUUCCUGUCUAUUGGUUUUGCACUAGCUGUCAAGGAUUAUGACGAGAGGAGACCGCGUGCAUGCCGAUGGGCCUCUGGCAAGGCACUACUUGUGUUGAUGUAUCAAAGGCAUCUGGAUAGACUGGCCCCAGAUGUUGUGUGUUGGAUUCCGUAUGGUGACCACCAUUCAUUUAGAAAAUUUGAGGUCAUCUUCUUAUUUUUCGACCAUCUCAGAUGGAGUCCCUUGACGGUCAUUCACCGAUCAGAGAGGGUUGUACGAUAG